AUGAGGCAUCAUCUGAAUAGUAGCAAUCCAAGUAAUCAACGAGGAAGCAAUCAUCAUUAAUAACCCUUCACCUCUAACUAAGACUUUUCUAUUCCCAAGACUAAGUAAUAGAGUCAUCAACUUAAUGCACCUAAUCCUCCUUAGCCCCAUAUUCAUUAAAGCCAAAAGCCAAGUGACAUACCUCCUCAAUACCAGCAGCAUCAACAUAUCAAUCUGAAUGCUAAGAUGUUUAAGGAAAAUAACAAUACUUUUGAUAAGGAGAAUUAGAAUUCGAAUAUGGAUUACACACUUGAUGCUAAAAACCUCACUCAUCUUGAUUAUCAAAUUGCCCUUAGUAAGCAAGUCAGUUAGAACCAAGUAACAAAUAGCAAAUCCAGCUAGAAGAAACCUCCUCAAAUGCAGAGAAACUACACAACUAAACCUCAAAACAUCAUCAAUUCUAAUUAGGCUGCAACUCAUCUGAUUUCCUCUCCAUCUGAUAAUAGCUAAUCAUAAUCACCAUUUGUCUCAAGACCAACAAGUGGAUAUAUCACUUAAAACUAAAGCAUAGAUAACACUCACAGAUAUAGCUAGUAUGCUGCUGGCUAGCCUCAUUAGAAUCUAGCUUAAAACAUUAAUAAUUCAUAUUAGUAAUCGAAAUCUAUAUAGAGGUAAAGGCUCUAAGCCAAUUCAAAUGAGCUAGGUUAGAGGGAUUUGUCGAGAAGAGAAAAGUCACUACAGAAUAAAUAUAGCAAUUAUACUCAUAGAGUUAAUGAUGAGAGCAUUGGCAGCCAUUUGUAAAUGCUUCCGAAUAGUCAUCAAACUAUUUAGCCAAUUGAGUUGCAUUAACCUUAGAUUAUGAGUAAUGGCAAGGAAAAUAGCUCAGAAAUUGGAAAAAGUAGAGUUAUCCCAUAAACUGGGCACAUGACAGCCAAGCACAAUAGAUAGAAGUCCUUUGAGGAUAAUAAAAAUUACUAGACUAAGGACAUUUCUUAUUAAAAUUAUUUCGCAGGGACUUAAGUCAUUAAUAAUGGUUUGCACAGAGCAAAUUCCUAAUCAAGAAUUCCUUAGGAUACCAACAAUACUAUCUCCUAACCAUCUCAAUACGACUAUCCUUAUGAUAAUACAAUUGAUAGCAUUUCAAAUAGAGAAUUCUCAAGGAAGCAAACUCAGAGAGAUCAUUCAAACGCUUCUCAUGUUCCUAAUACCAAUACAAGUUAAAUACAAGGUGGGCAUAAUAGAAAUGUAAUAAAUAUGAAUACUACUGUAGAAUCUAUAUAAAAUACCAUAAAUAUGAUUCCAACCAAGGAUAAAUCGUUGAUUACUCACUAGCAAUACAAAUCUAAAAUUGAAGCAAGCAAGGAUGGCAGAGCAAAUGUGAAAAAAUUUGUAAAGUAUGUCAUAAGGCAGUCAAUAGUUGAGCUUGGAGAGAUUGAUCAAAUCUUCAAAGAUAAUCUACAGCCUUAUGUACUCGAAGGACAAACUCAGUUUUUGGAGAAUAGUGAGAAGCACUAUAGAAUUAAAUUUGUAAUGGAUCUUGUUAAAGCUCUUACCAAGUCGAUUUAGCUAUAUGUCUGUGAUUCUAAGAUUAAGUAAAAGAGAGAAUAGAGUCAGAACAUAAAUGCAGAUGAAUUUAGAUAGUAAUAAUUGCAGAUUCAAAAGGAGAAGGAGAAGAUAAAGCUGAAAUUGAGGAAAUAAUAGGAGAAAGACAUUGAGCUUACAAGGAGAUUAGGGGAUUUCGAGAAAGUUUAUAAGUCAUUCUAAGAAGCCAAGCAAAGUUUUGAUUUAGAAAAAUAGCAGCAUCAACAAAUCAUAUUGAAAUAUCAAAGAGAGUUUGAGAGAGAUUUCAUGUCAAAGCUUAGAACUCAAAAACACAGUAUAGACUAAGAGUAGAUGUCUUUAGAGGACUAGAGAUCUAGACUUAUCAGAGAACAAGACAAGCUUAAGCGAUAGAUGGACUCCUAAUUUAAGCAGUUAAAGCUAGACUAGCUAAAGCUCUAAGACGAUAUUCAGGAGUUUUUAGCGCUUCGUGAUCACUUCGAGCACUUCAGACAAACUAAAAUGGAGCAGAUUCAGAACAUGAAGCAGUCUAUCUAGGACUAGAACAGCGCCAGAGACCAAGAACUAAAUGCUAGAGAGCAAAGACUAAAGUACUGGGACGAGAGUUUAAAGAGCAAAGAGCAGUAGUUAACUGCUAUGCUAUUGAGACAUGAUGAAGGUUAACAGUAAUUUAAUGAGUCUCUGUUUAUGAAGUCUUGUACACUGAGAAGUUCAUGCGCAGACUUCAAUGCUGUAGGAGACGACUAGAACAACCAAACUCAGCCAAUGAUUACAAAUUUCUUUGAUCAGUUUUUGGGGCAAGUCAGGUCAAACGCUGAUGAAAUGCAGGAGAGAGAGCGUAUUCUGGCUUAGUUCUUGAAUAGGAAUAACCCAAUUAGAUUCAGUCAAAAUAGUGGGAUGAAUAGCACAUCUCAAGGACUAGGCUUGAUAAGUCUUAGAGGUUCAUUCCAAGCUACACCAAUUCCCUCAGAAAUGAAUAAAAAAUCCUCAAAUGACAAGAUAUUAGUGCAGAGUGAUGAAGACAAAUCGAAGUACUCCUCAUCUAAUUGA